AUGGCGAACGCCAUACCCUCGACGUCGACGUCGCACCCGAACGACCCAAUUCCCUGCGAACCACGAGAGCUGCCCCAGCUCACGCUGCGCCCAGCACAGUCACAGUCACACCCCGAGCAGACGUCGCCCAAAUCCUCGGGUGAUUCCAUAGUAUGGAGCACCAACAGCAGCGACGACUCUGAGGCACCCAUGACGCCUGUAACCGAGCCCGACCACGCCGUAGACGAGGUCGUCGACAAGCUGCAGGACCUUCCAGCCGCUGCUGUCAAUUUUCCAGGCCAGACGCGACCGAGACGCGCCUCUACCACCUUGAUCUCAGACAGCCCCACCGACAUCAGACGCAUACUGGGCGAUGGAGAGACGGCUACAAAGCUCAUCAGCCAAUGCUGCGGCGGUGGAUGCUGCCUACUAAAGACACUGCAGCCAGACACGUCGGCAUCCGACUUCGUGCCCGUCGUCAUCCCCGAUAACGAUGCCUUCAGAAGCCUCAACCUGCGCCUGGGCCCUCUUUCCCUCGACAGCCUACUCACGGACACAACCCCACUGCCGCCAGUCAACAUGUCCUUCGAGCCUCUUCCGUCCAAGCAUGACUCCUACGUCUCCGAGGUGCAUAAGAUGCCACCCAAGUACGUCCAGCCACAUCCGCCAUACGACGUCUACUCCGCACCGCUCUACCACGCACGCGAGCUCACCAAGCCCGGCGCCGAGAAGAGGACGAUCCACUUCGACGUCGACGUCACUGACUACCCUGAUGAGGGAGGUGUCGAUUUCAAGGUUGGCGGUGCCGUCGGCGUCUGUCCGCCAAACUCACAGGCGAUAGUAGACGAACUCUUCGACAUCCUCUGCAUUCCCAAGUUCGUUCGUGAUAAGCCCGUCACGUUGAAGACGACAACAGGACGAUGGCCUACAAUCUGGGGAGAGGAUCAAGCACGCGAGCUCGUCACAACGCGUCGUGAACUGUUAACCUGGUGUACAGACAUCCAGUCCCACCCACCCACCAAGAAUCUUCUCCGCGUCAUGGCCGAAUACUCUGAUGCGCCCAACGAGCAGAAGAUCCUCACAUACCUCUGCUCAGCCCAAGGACAAGCGGCCUUUUGCGACCUCCGUACAACAGCUCACAUCACUGUUCCUCAAAUGUUGAGUGCGUUCCCCUCAUCCAAGCCACCACUACCUGCCCUCCUCUCUGUCCUCACCCAGCUCAUGCCACGUUUCUACUCGCUUUCGAACGAUCCCCACAUCUCGUCGGCACGCCCUGGCCUCCCUGGGAAUCGCCGCCUCAUCGAGAUGGCUGUGACUAUUCACGAAACACCCGACUGGCACGCCAAUGGCGCCACGCGAACAGGCGUUGGGAGUGGCUUCAUGGAACGCAUGGCCUCUGCCUUUGUUUCCGCUGAAAACGAAGGCAUCGAUCCCCGUAGCAUCCUCGAUCUUCGCAUUCCCUUGUUCCGAGGGCUCAUGUCCAACCCACUUUCGAAGCAAUUCGGUGGCGAGGGCCCAAUGGUACUCAUCGGUGCUGGUGUUGGUAUGGCUCCCUUCCGUGGCUUCAUUCUGAACAGGCUCAAGAACGCCAACUGCGCGAACAAGAUCUGGCUGAUCCAGGGUGUCCGCGAUUCCAUGCUCGAUGAGCUGUACUCUGGCGAGCUCGGUGAUCACGAGCGCGAGAUCAAGAAGGUCGUACAAAGCCGCAAGGUCAAAGUGGGUGAAUCCAACGAGGUCAAAUACGUCCAAGAUGAAGUGCGCGUUCAGGCUGAUAUUGUCUGGUUCGUCAUCAACGCUCUUGAUGGACGCAUCUUCGUCUGUGGCUCUAGCAAGGGCAUGGGCGAAGGUGUUGAGGAGAGCCUCAUUGAAGUCGCCAUGGCAAAGGGGAACAUCAGCCGAUCCCAGGCUGAGGAGUUUUGGGCGAAGAAGCGGGAGGAUGGGCAGUACAUUGCCGAAACUUGGUAG